UCAAGUUUUAGUGCUUCACUCAUUCCAAUACCAAAGUAAUCGAAACCAAAAGUAACUGGCCAUUGGCAAAAAUCAGCUCUUCAUUCAAUAACAUAAUAAAAGAGAUAUAAACUUUAGAGCAACAGAGACAGCAUACUCUGUCUUGCAGACUGAGAAAGAGAAAGAGUGGAGGAAUUCACGAGCAUAUCACCGCCCUUCAGCACACAGACACACAAAAACACACAGCUCAUUGCAUUAUCCAAGCUCUCUCUGGAAGCUAGCUAACCAUUUGGGUUUGGUUGGUGAAUGCUUCACGGGGUUGAACCAUUUCACACUCUCUUUAUUCACCAACUCUGCUUCAGUGGUCCACCCCGCACCACGUCAAAGCUCACAAACCUUUCUGAACCACCGCCAUUCUUCCUUGUUCCCUUUCUUUCUGCUUUUGCACUUGGAAUGAAUGGAUGAUAAUCAUUUGAGUGUUGAUUGAGCCUUCUUUCUUCACUUUUUUUUGUUAUCAUGUCAUGCACUGCAGUUGUUCGCACUAAGCGGUAAACGUCUGAUCAUAUUUUCUUCUUCUUCUUUUUGAGUAAAUGGAUCGACCUCCGACCGCUGUUGGGCCUGGAAUGGAUAUGCCGAUCAUGCAUGACAGUGAUCGCUAUGAGCUUGUGCGUGAUAUUGGUUGUGGAAAUUUCGGGGUAGCUAGGCUCAUGAGGGACAAACAGAACGAUGAGCUUGUUGCUGUCAAGUAUAUUGAGCGAGGUGAAAAGAUAGAUGAAAAUGUACAGAGGGAAAUUAUAAACCACAGAUCAUUGAGACAUCCCAAUAUAGUCAGGUUCAAGGAGGUUAUACUGACACCAACACAUUUGGCAAUUGUAAUGGAAUAUGCUUCUGGAGGAGAGCUAUUUGAGCGGAUAUGCAAUGCUGGGAAGUUCAGUGAGGACGAGGCACGCUUUUUCUUCCAACAACUUAUAUCAGGUGUUAGCUACUGUCAUGCAAUGCAAGUGUGCCAUCGUGACUUGAAGUUGGAAAACACAUUGUUGGAUGGUAGCGCAGCUCCGCGUUUGAAAAUUUGUGAUUUUGGCUAUUCAAAGUCCUCUGUGCUACAUUCACAACCAAAAUCUACUGUUGGUACCCCUGCAUAUAUUGCACCAGAAGUUUUGCUUAAGAAGGAAUAUGAUGGCAAGAUUGCAGAUGUAUGGUCUUGUGGGGUGACCUUAUAUGUCAUGUUGGUGGGUGCAUAUCCUUUUGAGGAUCCAGAAGAACCUAAAAAUUUCCGCAAGACGAUACAUAGGAUUUUGAAUGUUCAGUAUUCAAUUCCUGACUAUGUUCACAUAUCUCCCGAAUGCCGUCAUCUGAUCUCAAGGAUUUUUGUUGCUGAUCCUGCAAAGCAGAGAAUAACUAUGCCUGAGAUUAGAAACCAUGAAUGGUUUUUGAAAAACCUUCCAACUGAUCUAGUGGAUGGGAAUACGACGAACAACCAGUUUGAGGAGCCUGAUCAACCGACGCAAAGCAUCGAUGAAAUCAUGCAGAUCAUUUCUGAGGCUACGAUUCCUGCAGCUGGAACUCAAUCUCUCAACCAGUAUCUUACUGGAAGCUUGGAUAUUGAUGAUGACAUGGAUGAUGACUUAGACACUGAUCCUGACCUUGAUAUAGAUAGUAGUGGAGAAAUAGUUUAUGCUAUGUGAUCAAGUUAUAAUGUUUAUACCCUUGGUUGUUCAGUGUGUGUGGAAAAUGUGGAAAAAUGUUUCACUUUCUUCUACCAUGUAGGAUUCUGUAUCUGAUUUUCCUUCCAUAUAGUGUGAGAGAACUCAUCCUACUUGUAUUUAUGAUCUACCUUUGCUGCUGUGUAUUGAUAGCUUCUUGUUUUUGUAUUGCCAUUUGAAUUAGUAAUCUUCUUGCAAUUA